AUGGCCAUUCAGUCCAACACGCCCUCGGAGUUAAUCACUAUCGAUGAAGACUAUCUUGAUCGCAUCACCCAACGACGUGGAAUCAUCGCUACCCAUGGCUCAACUGUUCAUGGCUGUAUCCCCGAAGGCGACGCAGCCGUACGUGAACUCUACACAUAUCUCUUAUCUGAACAGCUUCCCAGACGUUUCCCAACUAUCUUCCAGCUGUCUCAAGAUAAAUCGACGUGCAAGAAUCUAGCAACAGGAAUGUCUUUCCCGACACUUCCUCAGGGUAGUGCAGAUGCGGCGUUGCGUGUUCUUGGUGAAACGAUUGAAGAAGACUUAUUUCUACUGCAGCAGACACCUGAGGGCCACCAGUCUAUCGCAUUCAUGUGCUGUUUCCCUGCUGGUUUCGAUCCAUCAACUAAACUGGGGAAAACACUUGUUGAAAUCCAUGCUCCUGUGCCGUCAUACGAGAAAAUUGGCUCUAGUAUGGAAAAGUUCUUUGCAAAGCUGGAGGUGGGCAAGAGUGUAAAACGAACAAACUGGUCCGUUCAAACGCAUACAGAGCUGUUUAAUUGUCAAGGCAACCACAUUACUGGCGACGACACUUAUCAACGUGAUGAAGACGUAGAUAUUGAAAAGACAUUCCUCCGAAUUGAGCUGCAAACUCUCACCCGUCUACCAAACACUGGCGCUGUCCUUUUCUCUUUCAAAACCUAUCUUUAUCCAGUCCGUCAGAUCAAGGAAGAGGGUCUUGGAUCUGCUUUUGCUGAUGCUAUCGAGGGUCUCUCAAAAGGUAAUGCGCCAGGAAUGUGGACCUAUAAAAGUGCAGUACGUUGGGGAAGCAGUGUGAUAGAAUAUCUCAGAUCUUCAAAGUAG